CCGUUCCACGCCUCUGCAUACUAGAGAAGAACCGGGAUUCGGGAAUAAAUAUCCUGAGAUUCAUGAGUGCAGACACAGAGGGCACACAGAGAGACCGGGAGAGAAAGAGAGACACUUUGGAUUAAGACUCAUCUUUACGCACGUUGCAGCGGAACGCGCACUUGGUUUGGGAGGAGUUUACAGCCAGACCUGCGUGAGAACAUGAAUUUAUUCCUGAAACUUCUGCUUCUUCUACCAGCUGCUUUCUGUUCAGCGGCUCACACAGAGCUCCAUCACAGACAGAGGAGAGGCACGCGUUUAUCUACUAAAGAGGUGUGUGUGGACACUGACUCAACUGCAGUCAGAAGCAGCGGCGCGACGUGGCUGCGCUUGAAGGGUCCGAAAGUUGAAUACUGCCGCUGCACAUCACGAGGAAGAGUACAGUGUCAUGAGAUCCCUGUUAAAAAAUGUUUUGUAUCUAAGUGUUAUAACGGAGGGUUGUGUAAAGAAGCCAUUUACUCCGGUCAUUUCAUAUGCCAGUGUCCAGCAGGCUUUACCGGCACCCAGUGUGAAAUCAACACAACCGAGAAAUGUGCGCGGGGUCAAGGGUUAGCGUACCGUGGCAUCUGGAGUACCAGUUUGUCAGGACUGGAGUGUGUGAACUGGAAUUCCUCCUCACUGAGGGGAAAGAAAUUCACAGCUAGUAGGCCAGAAGCAAACACACUGGGGCUGGGAAAUCACAACUACUGCAGGAAUCCAGAUGGAGAUACUAAACCAUGGUGCUAUGUUUAUAAAAGAGCUCAGAUCACGUGGGAAUUCUGCUCUUUACCGACCUGCUUAUCAGACCCCACGCUGGAGUGUGUACGCAGAUCAGGACAGAUGUACAGAGGGACGAAAGCUGUGACACGCAGCGGUUUAAAGUGUUUACCGUGGGACUCCCCCGCUGUCUCUCAUAAAGUCUUCACUGCAUGGAGAUCUGAUGCCAGAGAGCUGGGCGUCGGCAGCCACAGCUUCUGCAGGAACCCAGACGGUGACCUCAGCCCCUGGUGUCACGUGUAUAAAGGAUCCCAGCUGACCUGGGAACUGUGUGAUAUCCCCAAAUGCUCGAAGAAACCUUCAAUAACCACGCUUGGACCACGAGCCCCCACGCCCCUCAACAGUCAGGGUUCCUGCGGUCAGCGUCUGGAAGGUCCUUCGAACUCUCUGCCCAUGUUCAGGAUACGAGGAGGUCAGGCCAGUGACAUCAGAGAGCAGCCGUGGCAGGCGGCUAUUACCGUAUAUCUGCCUCGCGCCAACUCCUACAACUUUCUGUGCGGUGGAGUCCUCAUCGACUCCUGCUGGAUCCUGUCGGCUGCUCACUGCUUCCAGGAGGGGUUUUCCGAGAAGCGUCUUCAGGUGGUUCUGGGUCGAACCUUCAGACUUCAGAACUCCAGCAGUGAGCAGAUCUUUCACGUGGAGAAGUACUGGGUCCAUGAGCGAUAUGAUGACGAAACCUAUGACCAUGAUAUAGCUCUGCUCAAGUUGAAGAGCGACUCUGGUAUCUGUGCUAUAAACUCUCCAGAGGUUCUGCCUGCGUGCUUACCGGAGCCAAACCUGGUUUUACCCGACUGGACGGAGUGCGAGAUCUCUGGUUAUGGGAAAGAGGAAGAAUUUUCUCCGUUUUACUCUGAGAGAAUUAAGCGAGGUCUCGUGCGGCUGUGGCCUCAGGAACAGUGUGUUCCGGAGAAGCUGUCCGGUCGUCUGGUCACUCCUAACAUGCUGUGUGCGGGAGACACGCGUGGUUUAGAUGAUGCCUGCAAGGGAGAUUCUGGUGGUCCUCUGGUGUGUCCCAGGAACGGCAGGAUGACGUUGAUGGGUUUGAUCAGUUGGGGCGACGGCUGCGGGAAGAAAGACACGCCCGGCGUUUACACCCGCGUCGCAAACUACACAAAAUGGAUCUCCAGUAAGAUGAGAUCUAACUGAGACAUUAGCACACAUCAUGAACAUAAGGAGAGAUGGUGAACAUCUCCAUGUUCAUCAUGUUCACAGCCGGACAGCUGGAUUCUAGCCGUCAAGGAGGAAACAUCACAGAUCAUCAGAUGUUGUUGAUGUGGCACAUAUUGCACACAAGAAGAGAAAUGUGAAAGGAAGGACCAUGUUUCAUGUAUUUUAGUUCAGCUGCACAGGACGAUUCAGAUGUGCACCUGCUCCGCUCUUUCUUUUAGUGUUUUAAAAUGAUGAAAUGGAUUUAGAAGGAACAUGUGCUUCAUGUAUAAACAUUGACGAUACGUAAAUUCUCGGUGACAGCUUUUACGUGAUAUUUUUCUUUUAUGACACUAAUAAUGACGUUGAGUCAAUUUCAUAACAUGUUUUUAACACUAAAUAUCUGCUGGGUCAGAGAGACUUUGUUACUUUGUGUUUUAAUACAACUUAUAGGUUUAGUAAAUCUAGAUGAUUCCUACUUCUAACUGUUGUAUUUGUCAACCCAUCAAUAUCUAAUAUUAUUACGUGCUUUAGAUUUUAGGAUGCAUACUAAGUUAAUAUUUAACUUUUUAACUUUUUUUGUUUUUUUUAUAUGUAUUGUCAGUUAUUCCUAAAUUAUUGUUUUAUAAAAGCUUGUACCUUAUUUUGCCUGACUUUUUAUAAAACAUAAAUAUAUUUAGCAUUC